UGUGAAGCUUGCGCCAGUACCGUUGUGCGCACAGGCGUAGAGAUGUUCCUCCGCCGCAUCCCCAGGAUAGCCGCCCACUGGAUCAUCAACUUGUACCGCGCGGCGGGAAAGCUCCUCAGCGAUGCCUUCCAGUACAACCGUAACUCCAUUACCAGACUAUCCACCGCCGGCGCCGCCGCCUCCAGGUGCACCAUCCCGUCCGCAGUAGAUAAGACGGUAGUGUUUGACUUCCACGGCGGGCUCCUGAGAUCCAGCGCUAUCUUUCCCUACUUCGUGCUCGUCGCCUGCGAGGGCGGCAGCCUGCUCCGAGCGUUCCUCCUGCUCUGCUCCUUCCCCCUCGUCUGGAUCAUGGGCGAGCACGCCGGCGCUGGUAUCCGGGUCAUGGCGUUCGUCACCUUCGUCGGGCUCAGGCCACAGGACGCUGAACUCGUGGCCCGCGCCAUCCUGCCCAAGUUCUACAUGGAGAGGCUUAACGCGCAGGUGUACGACCACCUGUGGCUGCCGGCGACGAGGAAGGUGGCGGUGACGAGCGCGCCUAGGGUGAUGGCGGAGUGGUUCCUGAAAGAGUACAUGGCCGCAGACGUGGUGGUCGGAUGUGAACUUCAGAUUGUUAAGGUUGGAGGCCGCUGUUACUUCACCGGGCUGCUGUGCGAGCCAGAUCAAGGGACGUCGGCAUUGAGAGAAGUGUUCAGAACGGACGGCGCCAUGGCCGACGUUGGCGUCGUCCGCAACUCCAACCCACUUGAUCACUGCGCCAUGGCCGACGUUGGCGUCGUCCGCAACUCCAACCCACUUGAUCACUUCUUCCUCCGCUAUUGCAAGGAACUCUAUAGAGUGACCAAGGAGAGCACCAAGACCGCUCAUCUUCCACGUACGAGGUACCCGAAGCCGCUCAUCUUCCACGACGGCCGCCUCGCCUUCCUCCCCACCUCCUCCGCCACGCUCGCCUUCUUCCUCUUCCUUCCGCUCGGGCUCACACUCUCCGUCAUCCGUAUCUCCAUCGGCAUCGGUCUACCCUACAAAAUCAGCUUUGCGGCUGGAGCGCUCUUGGGAGUCCGCUUACGCACCUCUGGCCUCGCGAAAAACAUGGCGGCCAAGCGCAGGGGCGUCCUGUUCGUGUGCACCCACCGGACUUUGGUCGACCCCAUCAUGCUCACGGCGGCGCUGCAAAAGCCCGUGCCAGCGGUAACCUACAGCCUUAGCCGGCUCUCGGAGAUCCUGGCGCCCAUCAAGACGGUGCGGCUCACGCGCGACCGCGAACGCGACGCCGCCAUGAUGUCGCGGCUGCUGGAGCAGGGAGACCUCGCGGUCUGCCCCGAAGGCACGACAUGCCGGGAGCCCUACCUUCUGCGGUUCAGCCCGCUGUUCGCCGAGCUCGCCGACGACAUGGAGCCCGUGGCGCUGGACGCGCGGGUGACGUUGCUGUACGGCACGACGGCGAGCGGCCGCAAGUGGCUUGACCCCGUGGCGUUCUUCGCUAACCCGGCGCCGGCCUACCGCGUAGAGUUCCUUGGCGCUGUGCCGCGGGAUCAGACGCGCGCAGGGGGGAGGACCGGAGCCGAGGUCGCGAACUGGGUCCAGCAGCGGCUCGGUGAGGCGCUUGGGUUCGAAUGUACUGGGCUUACUCGCCGCGACAAGUACACUAUGCUCGCCGGAACCGACGGUGUGGUUCGCAAGUAGAGAGGAAAAUUAGCCAACACUGGUUACUGUAAAUAGGAGUAUAUAUGUUCGGAAGUUGUGGGGUUCUAUAUUCUAUCACUCCCGUGAAAAUGAAAAAUGCUUGUCUGCCAGGGUGGAUAAGCAAAUGCUUGUAUAGAAAUCUAUUCAAAGUAAAGUCCAUCAUCAUCUCGUGAACUUUAUGUAAGCCAUAGCUUCAUCUUGUCGUCAUGCCUUAUUUUUUUGAAAUAAGAAAUUGCCCCGGCCUCUAAGAGA